CGCUGAGGGCCCGGGGCAGAGGUGCCUGUGGGAACUUCGCAGCGUCUCUGAACAAAGCCUUCGGUCGCUUUUAUUUCCGCCCCGCACUUGCCUAGCUCGGGCGGAUUUUGUUCCUCUACGGGGAUACAGCCCUGCAGCCGUCGCUUUGUGCGCCCUCGUCCUGCCCCAGCCAUGGUGAUGUUCAAGAAGGUGAAGAGCUUCGCGGUGGCCUUCAGCGAGCCCGACAAGGUCUACUGCAGCGGGGACAAGGUGGCUGGGCGCGUGCUGGUGGAGGUGGCCGAGGUGACCCGUGUCAGCGCCGUCAAGGUGUUGGCGUGCGGCGUGGCCAGGGUGACCUGGGCCAAGGGCCCGGCGCAGUGCCGGCAGGAGAUGGAGUACCUGCGCUUCGAGGACGUGCUGGCGCUUGAGGAGCAGCCCAGGGAUGAGGACGGCUCCGUCAUCCUGAGACCCGGCAACAAGUACGAGUACAAAUUCGGCUUCGAGCUGCCCCAGGGGCCGCUGGGCACCACGUUCAAGGGGAAGUACGGCUCCGUGGAUUACUGGGUGAAGGCGUCCCUGGAGCGUCCGGCCUGCCCCACACAGCAGGUCAAGAAACGCUUCGAGGUGAUGGAUCCCGUGGAUGUGAACACCCCGGAAUUGCUGUCUCCAGUUGCAGCCAAAAAGGAGAAGAAAGUGUCGUGUAUGUUCAUCCCCGAUGGCCGCGUGUCUGUCAGCGCCCAGAUCGACAGGAAGGGCUUCUGUGAAGGCGACGAGAUCUGCAUCAACGCCGACUUUGAGAACACCUGCUCGCGCAUCGUGGUGCCCAAGGCGGCCAUCGUGGCCAAGCACACCUACCUGGCCAACGGCCAGACCAAGGUCUUCUGCCAGAAGCUCUCCUGCGUCCGUGGCAAUCACAUCAUCUCUGGUACCUCGGAAUCCUGGCGCGGCAAAACCAUCCGCGUGCGGAAGCUCAAGCCCUCUAUCCUGGGCUGCAACAUCCUGCGUGUGGAGUAUUUCCUGCAGAUCUACGUCAGCGUGCCGGGCUCCAAGAAAAUCAUCCUGGAGCUGCCGCUGGUCAUCGGGAGUCGCUCCGGCAUCGGGAGCCGCAGCUCCAGCAUGGCCAGUCAGACCAGUUCUGAGAUGAGCUGGGUGGACCUGAACCUCCCAGAUGCUCCAGAGGCUCCCCCGUGCUACCUGGACAUCGUUCCCGAGGAUCACCGGCUGGAAAGCCCCACCACGCCCCUGCUGGACGAUCCCGAUGGAUUUGACAGCCCCAUCUUCAUGUACGCUCCGGAGUUCAAGUUCAUGCCUCCCCCCACCUACACGGAGGUGGAUCCCUGCGUCGCCAACACAACAACAACAACAACAACAACAACGUCCAGUGAACAGCACGCCUGGGGUGUGCCACACACCUGCAGCACAUCUGGCCAGUACACCUGGAGGGGACUGUGCUCCCGAGGAACCGCCGCGUUCCCGAGGAACCCGCGCUGCUCCAGGGCCGUCCCCGACCUCUCGAGGGAAAAACUCCCUUUGCUCUGAGCUGGCAGGAAACCCUCAAGGACUUGUGGAGGGGGAGACAAGGGCAGAUCCAGCUGGAAAAGAGGCGGAAGAGCUCGGCUGUCGGGACGCACGCUGCCUGUCCUUGCUCUGUCGUGACAUGUGGUGACAGGAAAUCGUGGUUUUAACUAAUUCCAUCCUAAUUGACUCCUGGGUGCUGCUCUGGCUGCCCUGCGCUCCCACCGAGGGAGGGGGGACACUGUGACAUCAUGAAUCCGUCCUGUCGUGACACAAAGCUUGAUGUCGUGACCUUUUGUACUCUUCGGUUUUGUACAUAGUAUUUGGGCGGGGGGGGGGGGAAAGCACAAAAAUGCAAAUUUUGUACCUUUUUUGUGGCCCCUGGGGGGCAAAAUUUGUAAUAAACGAAUGAAACGGUGCCUGGA